UUUUGGAAAGAAAUGUUGGGGGGAAGAGGAGUUUUCCAUACUUUGCUCACAUGAGCCAUUCUUGGUUUGUUCUAGCUUGCCAACACUUGGUGUCACAUGUGAGCCCUCCACAUGUGUUCACUCUCCAUUCCAGCUCUGUGAUUGAACUCUGCUCUCAUUGACUGGGGGGCAUUUGGGCAGGCAUGCUUCAUUCCUGGAAUUGACAGUCAUUCCAUUUUUGAAUAUAUUAACACUGAAUCAGCACUUUUAAAGCCCUGCCUUCUCCCACUGGCUUCACUUGGCCUACAGACAUAAUGAGGAGACUGGCUUUUCGAGGCGCUGGUUGUGCUCUGGUAAAGCUGAAGAAGUUGGAUUCCAUGGGUUCCAAAAGAAGAAGAGCAACCUCCCCUUCCAGUAGUGUCAGCGGGGACUUUGAUGAUGGACACCAUUCUGUGUCUACACCAGGCCCAAGCAGGAAAAGGAGGAGACUUUCCAAUCUUCCAACUGUAGAUCCUAUUGCUGUGUGUCAUGAACUCUACAACACCAUCCGGGACUAUAAGGAUGAACAGGGCAGGCUUCUCUGUGAACUCUUCAUUAGGGCACCGAAGCGAAGAAAUCAACCAGACUAUUAUGAAGUGGUUGCUCAGCCCAUUGACUUGAUGAAAAUCCAACAGAAACUGAAAAUGGAAGAGUAUGAUGAUGUUAAUCUACUGACUGCUGACUUCCAGCUGCUUUUUAACAAUGCAAAGGCAUAUUAUAAGCCAGAUUCUCCUGAAUAUAAAGCUGCUUGCAAACUCUGGGAUUUGUAUCUUCGAACAAGAAAUGAGUUUGUUCAGAAAGGAGAAGCAGAUGAUGAAGAUGAUGAUGAAGAUGGGCAAGACAAUCAAGGCACAGUAACUGAAGGAUCUUCUCCAAGUUACUUGAAGGAGAUCCUGGAGCAGCUUCUUGAAGCCAUAGUUGUAGCCACAAAUCCGUCAGGACAUCUCAUUAGCGAACUAUUUCAGAAACUGCCUUCUAAAGUGCAAUAUCCAGACUAUUAUGCAAUAAUUAAGGAACCUAUAGAUCUCAAGACCAUUGCCCAGAGGAUACAGAAUGGAAGCUACAAGAGUAUUCAUGCAAUGGCCAAAGAUAUAGAUCUCCUAGCAAAAAAUGCCAAAACUUAUAAUGAACCUGGUUCUCAAGUAUUCAAGGAUGCAAAUUCUAUUAAAAAAAUAUUUUAUAUGAAAAAGGCAGAAAUUGAACAUGAAAUGGCUAGGUCAAGCCUUCGAAUAAGGACUUCAUCAAAUUUGACAGCAGCCAGGCUGACAGGUUCCACGCACAGUAAAGGAAGCCUUGGUGAAGAGAGAAAUCCCACUAGCAAGUAUUACCGUAAUAAAAGAGCAGUCCAAGGGGGUCGUUUAUCAGCAAUUACCAUGGCACUUCAGUAUGGCUCAGAAAGUGAAGAGGAUGCUGCUUUAGCUGCUGCACGUUAUGAAGAAGGAGAGUCAGAAGCAGAGAGCAUUACUUCAUUUAUGGAUGUUUCAAAUCCUUUAUAUCAGCUUUAUGACACAGUUAGGAGCUGUCGGAAUAACCAAGGGCAGCUAAUAGCUGAACCUUUUUUCCAUUUGCCUUCAAAGAAAAAAUACCCUGAUUAUUAUCAGCAAAUUAAAAUGCCCAUAUCACUACAACAGAUCAGAACAAAGCUAAAGAACCAAGAAUAUGAAACUUUGGAUCAUUUGGAGUGUGAUCUGAAUUUAAUGUUUGAAAAUGCCAAACGCUAUAAUGUUCCCAAUUCAGCCAUAUACAAGCGAGUUCUAAAAUUGCAGCAAGUCAUGCAGGCAAAGAAGAAGGAGCUUGCCAGGAGAGACGACAUUGAGGAUGGAGACAGCAUGAUUUCUUCAGCCACCUCUGAUACUGGUAGUGCUAAAAGAAAAAGGAACACUCUUGACAGUGAGAUGUUGGGUCUCAGGAGGCUAUCCAGUAAAAAGAAUAUAAGAAAGCAGCGAAUGAAAAUCUUAUUCAAUGUUGUUCUUGAAGCUCGUGAGCCAGGCUCAGGCAGAAGACUUUGUGAUCUAUUUAUGGUUAAACCAUCUAAAAAGGACUAUCCUGAUUAUUAUAAAAUCAUUUUGGAGCCAAUGGACUUGAAAAUAAUUGAGCAUAACAUCCGCAAUGACAAAUAUGCAGGGGAAGAGGGAAUGAUAGAAGACAUGAAGUUGAUGUUCCGAAAUGCCAGGCACUAUAACGAGGAGGGCUCCCAGGUGUACAAUGACGCGCACAUCCUGGAGAAGUUACUCAAGGAUAAGAGGAAAGAGCUGGGCCCACUGCCUGAUGAUGAUGACAUGGCUUCUCCCAAACUCAAGCUGAGUAGGAAGAGUGGCAUUUCUCCUAAAAAAUCAAAAUACAUGACUCCAAUGCAGCAGAAAUUAAAUGAAGUCUAUGAAGCUGUAAAGAACUAUACUGAUAAGAGGGGUCGCCGCCUCAGUGCCAUAUUUCUGAGACUUCCCUCCAGAUCUGAGCUGCCUGACUACUAUCUGACCAUUAAAAAGCCCAUGGACAUGGAAAAAAUUCGAAGUCAUAUGAUGGCCAACAAAUACCAAGAUAUAGAUUCCAUGGUUGAGGACUUCGUCAUGAUGUUUAACAAUGCCUGUACAUACAAUGAGCCUGAGUCUUUGAUCUACAAAGAUGCCCUUGUCCUACACAAAGUCCUGCUUGAAACUCGGAGAGACCUGGAGGGAGAUGAGGACUCUCAUGUUCCAAAUGUGACCAUGCUGAUUCAAGAGCUUAUCCACAAUCUUUUUGUGUCAGUCAUGAGUCAUCAGGAUGAUGAGGGAAGAUGCUACAGUGAUUCUUUAGCAGAAAUUCCUGCUGUGGAUCCCAGCUUUCCAAACAAACCUCCUCUUACUUUUGACAUAAUUAGGAAGAAUGUUGAAAAUAAUCGCUAUCGGCGGCUUGAUUUAUUUCAAGAGCAUAUGUUUGAAGUAUUAGAAAGGGCAAGAAGGAUGAAUCGGACAGAUUCUGAAAUAUAUGAAGAUGCGGUAGAACUUCAGCAGUUUUUUAUUAAAAUUCGUGAUGAACUCUGCAAAAAUGGUGAGAUCCUUCUUUCACCGGCACUCAGCUACACAACAAAACAUUUACAUAAUGAUGUGGAAAAAGAGAAAAAGGAAAAAUUACCAAAAGAAAUAGAAGAAGAUAAACUAAAACGAGAAGAAGAAAAAAGAGAGGCUGAAAAGAGUGAAGAUUCUUCAGGUGCUGCAGGCCUUUCAGGCUUACAUCGCACAUACAGCCAGGACUGCAGCUUUAAGAACAGCAUGUACCAUGUAGGAGAUUAUGUCUAUGUAGAGCCCGCGGAAGCCAACCUACAACCUCAUAUAGUCUGUAUUGAGAGACUGUGGGAAGAUUCUGCUGGGGAAAAAUGGUUGUAUGGCUGUUGGUUUUAUCGGCCAAAUGAAACAUUCCAUUUGGCUACACGAAAAUUCCUAGAAAAAGAAGUUUUUAAGAGUGACUAUUACAAUAAAGUUCCUGUUAGUAAAAUUCUAGGAAAAUGUGUGGUCAUGUUUGUCAAGGAAUACUUUAAAUUAUGUCCAGAAAACUUUAGAGAUGAAGAUGUUUUUGUCUGUGAAUCACGGUAUUCUGCCAAAACCAAAUCUUUUAAGAAAAUUAAACUGUGGACCAUGCCCAUCAGUUCAGUUAGGUUUGUCCCUCGGGAUGUGCCCUUGCCUGUGGUCCGAGUGGCCUCUGUAUUUGCAAAUGCAGAUAAAGGGGAUGAUGAGAAGAACACAGACAACUCAGAAGACAGUCGGACUGAAGACAAUUUUAACUUGGAAAAGGAGAAAGAAGAUGUCCCUGUGGAAAUGUCCAAUGGGGAACCGGGUUGCCACUACUUUGAGCAGCUCCAUUACAAUGACAUGUGGCUGAAGGUUGGUGACUGUGUCUUCAUCAAGUCCCAUGGGCUUGUGCGCCCUCGUGUGGGCAGAAUUGAAAAGGUCUGGGUCCGAGAUGGAGCUGCAUAUUUUUAUGGCCCCAUCUUCAUUCACCCAGAAGAGACAGAACAUGAACCCACAAAAAUGUUCUACAAAAAAGAAGUGUUUCUGAGUAAUCUGGAAGAAACCUGUCCCAUGACGUGUAUUUUGGGAAAGUGUGCUGUGUUGUCAUUCAAGGACUACCUCUCCUGCAGGCCAACUGAAAUACCAGAAAAUGAUGUCCUGCUUUGUGAGAGCCGCUACAACGAGAGUGACAAGCAAAUGAAGAAAUUCAAGGGACUGAAGAGGUUUUCACUCUCUGCUAAAGUGGUAGAUGAUGAAAUUUAUUACUUCAGAAAACCAAUUGUUCCUCAGAAGGAGCCCUCACCUUUGUUGGAAAAGAAGAUCCAGUUACUAGAAGCUAAAUUUGCUGAGCUAGAAGGUGGAGAUGAAGAUAUCGAAGAGAUGGGAGAAGAGGAUAGUGAGGUCAUUGAGCCUCCUUCUCUACCUCAACUUCAGACUCCCUUGGCCAGUGAGCUGGAUCUCAUGCCCUACACACCCCCACAGUCUACCCCAAAGUCUGCCAAAGGCAGUGCAAAGAAGGAAGGCUCCAAACGGAAAAUCAACAUGAGUGGCUACAUCCUCUUCAGCAGUGAGAUGAGAGCUGUGAUUAAGGCCCAGCACCCAGACUACUCUUUUGGGGAGCUCAGCCGACUGGUGGGGACAGAAUGGAGAAACCUUGAGACAGCCAAGAAAGCAGAAUAUGAAGAGCGGGCAGCUAAAGUUGCUGAGCAGCAGGAGAGAGAGCGAGCAGCACAGCAACAGCAGCCGAGUGCUUCUCCCCGAGCAGGCACCCCUGUGGGGGCUCUCAUGGGGGUGGUGCCACCACCAACACCAAUGGGGAUGCUCAAUCAGCAGUUGACACCUGUUGCAGGCAUGAUGGGUGGCUAUCCGCCAGGCCUUCCACCUUUGCAGGGCCCAGUUGAUGGCCUUGUUAGCAUGGGCAGCAUGCAGCCACUUCACCCUGGGGGGCCUCCACCCCACCAUCUUCCGCCAGGUGUGCCCGGCCUCCCGGGCAUCCCACCACCGGGUGUGAUGAAUCAAGGGGUGGCCCCUAUGGUAGGGACUCCAGCACCAGGUGGAAGUCCAUAUGGACAGCAGGUAGGAGUUCUGGGGCCUCCAGGGCAGCAGGCACCACCUCCAUAUCCUGGCCCACAUCCAGCCAGCCCCUCUGUCAUGCAGCAGCCAACAACACCCAUGUUUGUGGCUCCUCCACCCAAGACCCAACGGCUUCUCCACUCGGAGGCCUACCUGAAAUACAUUGAAGGACUCAGUGCUGAGUCCAACAGCAUUAGCAAAUGGGACCAGACUCUGGCAGCUCGAAGACGUGAUGUCCAUUUGUCAAAAGAACAAGAGAGCCGCCUACCCUCUCACUGGCUGAAAAGUAAAGGGGCUCACACCACCAUGGCAGAUGCCCUCUGGCGCCUUCGGGAUUUGAUGCUCCGAGACACACUCAACAUUCGCCAAGCAUACAAUCUAGAAAACCUUUAAUCACAUCUAUUACAUUUCUUUUAUAGAAGCAUAAAGAGUUUUGUGGAAUAGUAGCCAUUUUAGUUACUAGGGGUCGGGGGAGGAACAAAGGAUAAUUUUUACUGCAUUUUACUGUACAUCACAAGGCCAUUUUUAUAUAAGGACACUUUUAAUAAGCUAUUUCAAUUUGUUUUUGUUAUAUUAAGUUGACUUUAUCAAAUACACAAAGAUUUUUUGCAUAUGUUUCCUUUGUUUAAAACCAGUUUCAUAAUUGGUUGUAUAUGUACACUUGCAGUUUUAUCUUUUUACUUGUUGCUGUGGAACUGAAAACAUCAAAGGUUUUGUCUUGGAUUGGGGUUUUAUGGUUUUUGUUUUUUGUUUUUAUAAAAGAACAAACGGUGAUAAAAAUACACACACACACACACACACACACGAGUUUACAGAUUAGUUUAAGUUGACAAUGAAAUGUGAAGUUGGUCCUAGUUUACAUCUUAGAGAGGGGAGUAUAUUUGUGUCUGUUUCAUGUGCCUGAAUAUCUUAAGCCAUUUGGCAAAAAGUGAAGUGAAAGGUUGUUAUUUAGGUUAUUCGUGUCUGGCAGUCACGCACGUUUGCUCUGUUAACUCAGAGGCCCUCUGCAGAAAUCUGAAGUCAGUGUGUGCAUCCUUCUGCGGCUGGUGCAUCUCCCGGACCCUUGGAGGGAGAGAGCACUUUUUCUUAUGCUGAGUUAGAUUAUCUAUGGUGUCAGUUAUUUUUAUAAAAUAUGUGCACAACCCUGAAUUAUAUUUAGUCUUGGCAGGUAAGUUUUAAGGGUACUUUUGAUCUAUUUAUAAUAAAUUUACAAUUUAUGCCUAUACAUGUUUAGAUGAUUUACAGUUUUAAAUCUCUGAAUUGAAAAACAUUGAAGUUUAUCUUGAAGAAAGCAUUGAGGUGUCUGUGGAGGUGAUUUAUUUUUAAACAUAACACAUUACUAACAUAGAGGAGGGAGUGCAUAACCAGAUAGGAGCUGGAUCAAAUGCAUAAUUGUAAAAGGGUAGAUUGCCUGCAUAUGCAAAUGUUUUAGUAUUCUUUGUUUCCUCAUCAGAUGUGGCUUUUUUUUUCUUUCAAGUUUCAUCAUUGUAAUUUUCACCAGAAAUUUAAGACUUUCUAAAAUAUUUAAAAUUUAGCUUAUGGUUUUGAGUUUCAAGAGAAAGGAAUCAUAAUCUAAGAAAAUGCUUAUGAAAAAGACCGAUUACAGACCCCAAACACUUGGGUUUGAUGACCCAGUCUUUCUUAUAUGACCCUAGAAUAAACAUUUGGAGGCAGUGUAUGGUGCUCAGACAGAUAAAAAUACUGUUCCAUCAAACAGUAGUUAUACUGUUUUUUUUCUAGGCAUUUUGGAAACCUACUUUUAUUGUAACAAAGUAGUUACCAUUGUGGACCUUCCACUACUGUCUGUAAGUUGAAAGAGUGACUCUCAAAGAAUACCCUUUUUGUUUUAGUCUGGUAUGAAUCAAUACCUGAAUAUUUAAUUGCCAUUCUUACUAAAUCAUGGGGGGAGAAAUGUAGAAUGGAAAAAAGUCUCUUAUAUCUAGAUAGAAGGCCCUUAUAACUUAAAAUUACCUAUAGUCAACCACUGGAUCUCAGUUUGCAUCAAGUAUUUUAAAUAAUUCUGAAUUUUAAAAAAUGUAUUGCAGUAGUCAGUACCUUAUUGUUAAACUGAAUCAGAUAAAGAAAUCUUCAGUUCCUGGUUAUUUGGGCCAUUGAAUCAUCAUGAACUGUAUAAUACAAUCAGAUUAUUUUAUUUCUAGACAUCCUUGAAUUACACCAAAGAACCUGAAAUUUAAGUUUGGUUAAGUUAUUUAUUUAUUUCAUGCACCCAUGUUAUUUCCCUUUUUAAGGUCUGGAUGAGACUUCUUGGGAAGCCUCUAAAAACUUCACUGUGGGCUACGUGGGGCAUUAGAAGCCAGAGCACUCCCCCUCCGGGCUCCUUCCCAGUGUCUAGAGGUGCUGUAGAAACCAUAGAUCCAGCCAGGGGCUUCCCUAAGGCAGUGCAGAGCUGGGCCAGAGGGCCGCUAGGCAGGCCCUAAUUAAGUUUUUCUUUUAAAAUAUAAAACUAUUUAUUUUAGAAUCAUGCCUUUCUGUAUAUUAACUUGGAGAAUAUCAAUUAGUAUUUAGGAUAUAAGAUUUGAGGUCAGCCAUCUUCCAAAAAAGAAAAGAAAGAAAAAAAAAGUCCUGAUUUAAGAAAGUACAAGUUAACUAUGCUUUUUUUCAUGAGUUUAGGAAUUGUAGUGAAAUGGCUUAGAAAGCAUAAUGGCCUAAAUAUUUUCAAAAUGUAAGUUCAUGUGGAAAAGAAUUGUUUAUGUUGGAGGGAAAAACCUAUAGGUUUAAAAUAGUAUGUCAGACAGCUGAUACAAAAGGCCUUGAAUUGUUUUGUUUUUGAAACCACCCUUCUUUUCCUAUGAGGAAGUAUUGAGAGGGGACAAUUCUUUGUGUAAAAUCUCCAAAUUCGUGGUGUUGAUUUUGGAGCUUGAACAUUUUCAGACCUGAUUAAAACUUGGUUUAUUCUAAUUUCUGUAUCAAAAGAGUUUUAAGUGGUAACUAGUCUUAUAACAUGUAUGUAUCAUAUGUUUGUUCAUCUAAAGCUUUUUAAUCCAAAUAAAAAUGGAGUUUGCAAAGUGAUUUGGAUUAACCAGGUUUGGUUGUUCUGUUAAAGCUUGUGUCAGAUGUUACUUUCAAGCAGAUUUAAUUCCUACAAGCUUUGAUUAUAUGGUGGCAGGGAUACGGCUGCUAAUUUAGGGGAAGAGAGCUCCUCCAGUGGAGGAAAAGUCAUACCAGACAACUGCUUCAGGGCUCAGGCUGCAUUAACACAGAAACUGAAUGUAGUCACACUGCAACCUGACAUGCUCCAUGCCAAACCUCUCAGGCUGACAGUCAGGAAAUUCCUAACAUGUCCUCAGCAUGAGCAGAAAUGCAGGUUUAAGUUAAAACUAAAGAGUUACUGAUGGCAGAAGGUGAGGACAGCCAUGUCCUGGUCAUAAAAGAGUGUAACCAGUUUCAAAUAGCUGUCUGUGGCCAGAAGAGGCAAGUGGCCCAGAUAUGUCUUCAACGUGCUUAUAAGCUCUUAAAACAUGACCACACUUUUAAUAAAAAGUGUUGGUAAAAUCAACCAACUGUUUUCCUCUAAUAUCACUUUGCAAAUCCCGUAGUCCUGUUCUCCUAAGAGUUUAGGGCUGUACUGCCAUCUAGGCUCAUGAGUGUAUUUUGAAUGAUCACUGAUGUAUAAACAUUCCAGCUAAACACUAUGAGCAAAC